UAGUGGCGAUGCCAUGAUCAAGGGUUUGGACUUAGUGCUACACAAUUUACCACCACGGCGUACUGUUUCUCCACGUCGGAAUAUGCAGUUGGUGUUCGGGCUCGGCGUGGAGCUUCCAAACCAGUUUACUAAAAUCACUUAAGAAUUGGUGUCAAUUAAAACGAGGGUUUUACAGUUACAGCACGAGAGGACCACCUUAUACAAGAUUUCAAAGCCUGCAGGGGAUAUAUAUCAAGAUGUGCAGACUUCUACGCCUCGUAGUACUUACUGUAGUCCUGAAUAUUUUCACUGUAUUUGGGACUGAAAUCACUUUAAAGGGACAAGAAUACUUGACCUACAGCCUGAAGGGUGUUUCUAUACCAGCGGACAAAAACUUUAUAACAUUCCGAUUCAAAACCAUCCAUCCAUCAGGAUUAUUCAUGUACAGUCGAGGCAACUCUGAUUACAUACAACUGGAGUUGAUCAAUGGUGUUCUCAAGUACACAUUGUAUCUUGGUGGAGAAGAGAAAACAGAGAUCCAAGCAGGCAAGGAUUUAUUCAACGGAGUAUGGCACACGGUCGAAGUCACCCGCAAGGGCAGAAAAACAAUGCUAAAGGUUGAUUCUCACACACCAACCACUAAACUCAUCCCAGGCAGCUACGAUCAUCUGAACCUCAACACGUAUAUAUACAUAGGAGGAAUGUCUAAUAUAGAAAAACGAGACUUUGGAAUCAGAGCCCUGCAAUAUAGAGGCUGUCUUGCAGAUUUUCAGUUUGAUAAGAUCAAACUUUUAACAGAAGCAAAAGAAUCUAAAGAACUCUUAGUGAGUACCUCGCCGUACCAUCUCGUAGGGAAGAUCCCAUUUCGAUGUGAGCUUGAGGACUACAGACCUGUGACUUUCAUGACGCCUGAGUCAUACGUCAAAGUCACGCUGCCCAAGUUACCUCAGGAUAACGACACUUUUUCUACGAGUUUCAAGUUUCGAACCUUUUAUCCUCAGGGUCUUUUAUUCUCGCGCAGUGCAAUCAAGGUCAAGAUGAAUGUCCGUCUGCACAGCGGUAAGCUGAUCUAUGACGUCACUGCGCCCAAUGGAUCGAAGGCUCAGAUUAAACUUGGCAGCGGAUUGGACGAUGGUGAAUGGCAUGAUGUGAACGCCACAAUAAACCCACCUAAAGUACAAUUGACUCUUGAUGAGUUUUCGAGGUCUGGGUUUCUGAACAUCUCGUCAUUGCUGCUGGAUUUCUCGAAUAAGUCCCGGAUGAAGAUUUUCGCGGGAAAAGGAGGUCCAAAUUCUAAAUUCAGAGGGUUUGUAGGCUGCAUGUUGAACUUGAAGGUCGAUAGCCAUAAGAUUAUUAACAAGUACAUGAGGAAACAGCGAUAUUCUCAUGGAGUGGACAUCUCUAAGUGCGCGACCAAGAAUCGAUGCUUUCCCAACCCAUGUAAGAACAGAGGAAUAUGUUCACAGGAUUGGAAGAAAUUCUAUUGCGAUUGUUCAAAUACGUAUUUUGAAGGAGAAACAUGCGAGAAGCCGAUAUUCAAGGCCACAUGUGAAGACUACAAGAGUCUUGGUCUUGAUCGGGAUGCGCAUUGUAUAUUGAGUUCGGGUGGAAGCAGCGCUAAAGAUCGUUAUACCGCGUUAUGUAACGUGACGGACCCGCAGCGUGCGUACACCGUGAUCAGACAUAACCUCGACUCAGGGACUCACGUGAACCAGGGAGAUUUCACCAUCGGGAUGUACGUCCACAAGAUCAAUUACCACGCUGCUAGUAUGAAGCAAAUCAUCGCUCUCAUAGAUUUGAGUGAGCAUUGUCGCCAGUACAUCCGGUUUGACUGCAUCAAGUCGAGGCUGUUAAACUCGCCCAAUGGUCCUUCUCACGCCUUCUGGGUGUCACGUGACGGGAAGAAGCAAAAUUACUGGGGAGGCGCAACACCGGGCAGCGGUAAGUGCGCAUGCGCAAUGGGAAAGGAUGGGAAAGGAGGGAAUCUGUGUACGAAUCCUUCGAAGUUUUGUAACUGUGACAUCCGGGAUAAUGAAUGGAGGAUGGAUGAUGGGUACUUGGAAGAGAAGGAUUUACUUCCGGUCACGAGUGUAAUGUUCCAUGAGAAGAGCGCCAAGUCAAAGUUCGUGCUGGGUCAGCUGGAGUGUUGGGGCAAGAAACAGGAUGUGGUUACCAAGACAACAGUGAAUAAACUCCUCGACAACGCCUGUUAUCCUGUCGUCGAGCCGUCGACACCUGCACCGACAACACAAAAACCUACCAAGUCAUCGGGCACGACAAAAAAGCCUUGUGUACCAGGUCACGACUGCUUUGAUGACGGUGUCAAUAAAACCACGCUACUACCUUAUCACAUGUGGACCAACCCCAAAACCUCGCCCAGUCAAACUACCAAUGAUAAUAAGAGGCUUGUCUUGCGGCAAGACACCUCCAAGAAAGAUAGUUCACUGGGCAUCCCUGCUAUUGUGUUGAUCGUGUGUGCCUUGAUAAUCCUGCUACUGUUGGUCAUGAAGUUUGUCCUACCCAGGAUCGUUGCAUGCGUUCGCACACACAGUAAACGAGGUGAAUAUAUCGUACCACCAUCCGGGACCGGAUACCCGGGUCGACUAAUGCCCCUGGUGGCUAAACGAUCCUCGGGAAGGAAUAGGCAGUUGACGCAUUCCGAGACACCGCACAUAGCGAACGAGCAUGGUGGUACUAAUGCUAGUGGCGGGAUAAAGUCAUACUGGGUUUAACCAGCACGUGUUGACCACGUGUACUGACACGUGAAGGGUGUGGUCAAUAUAGCAUAAGCAAGCAAAAAAAGGAUCGAAUGUAAUGCGGUAAUAUUAGCAAUUGCGAGGUUGUAGAAACACUGUGCCGAGUUGGCAUUACAGUGCAUUGUGGGAGCUGUUUUAGGAGACAUUUCCAAGAUGUCGUCCAUUUCGUCCACUCAAAUAGUCCCACAAUGAACUGCAAUGCGCUCGACACUUUUUUCCUUUAACUUCGGAAUGGCUCAUAAUUAGAUUAGAAGAGAAAACUAGCUAAAAACUAGUGAGAGCUGCUGAUAAUUAGAUUAGGUCAAACUACCAGUUUACCUUUAUCGUUACCAUAGCAAUUGAUUCUAUGAUGACGCAAUAUUAGAGAAAAAUCAGUUCAGAAUGAAAAACUCCUACUUUGAUUGUUAACGCAAUAGCCUUUGAUACCAGCUAUGUCACACAAGGUGCACAAUCCCUAACUGGACGAAUAACUAUAAAAGCGGCGCCAUUUUCUUUUCUCUUGAUGCAUUAGUUCGUGAGAUUGUGACGUUAAUGAUGCUGAGGUCUAUUCGUGUGUAUGUUGAGAUAAACCUGGUCAUGAUAAAUGUAGAUAUCCUUAGAGAAAUGUCGCUUUGCUUUUAGGUUUUCGAAAGUAAUUUUUUUCGGAUUAUUUAAAAUAGAUCAUUACACACAGCAAAUUAUAUUUAACACACACACACACAUACAGACGUUCACGAGAAUUUAAAAAAUGUUAAAAAGUAGGUUCAUCAUUGACUACAUAAAUUAAAUUUGUUAAUAUCGUAAUUUUCUUUCAGAAGUGGCGGGGCGGUUUGGGGUGUGGGAUCGAGUUCUAGGUUUUUCUUUCCCUCAAGUAAACAGUGCGUACUUACAAUUUUCAAUCAAAGUUGAGAUCCCAAAUAGACGCUUCAGUGUGUUUAACAGGUAGCAUACCAUGACCAAUGUAGUACGCAGUCCUACUCAAUGAUGUCAACGGCACUCUUCCAUCUUAACAUGUCGGAUAAGGACUCCUUCACUGUACAAAGAAAGCAGAUAGGAUCAAUAAGUUCUAAAUCUAGCGUUCUGAUUGGUUGGGAGCGCGUGCCAACCCCCGCGUGCUUUAUAACUGCACACAGCACGCACGCGCGUUUUUAUUUCUUCAGUAUAGACUGUUUUCUCAAGGUUGCGUGCGCAUCCAAUCUUGACGGGCCAUAAAACGGGAAAACGCAAAAUUCGGUUGAAUUGAGAAGCCAAUUUCAUAUUUAAAGAGGAGAAUGAUUGAUUUUAUGAAUUAUUAUCGAAAUAUCUCGUAGGAAUAUUUGAUAAUUCUCAUUAAAAAGCUCUUGUUCUGGUACAGUUGUCCGUCAAGUUUCUUAAAUUUGAAUGAGCGCGCAACCUUGAGAAAAAGGUCUAUUCGAAGGAUCUAUUUAGAUAUAGCGCACGAAUUCGUAAUGAGCAGGGAAAUGCGGGCUAUAAAGCCCUACGAAAAACGAAGAAAAGCAGAUAACAAAUAAUUCUAGAACCCCUUGCAGAAACUUUAGUGCAGCUCAAUUUGGAGGACGGGCGAUACAAUGGACUUUAUCCUGAUGAGAGUAAUCGUAAGGGGGGGCCCCUCCUCCCUCCCUCUCUCUCUUGCCCCCAAGCCCCACACGGCCUCUGGCACCCAGGGUAAAUUGUAACUUUUGUCAUUCAAAUUAAGCAGUGCUUCAAGGGGUCUAUAUAGUUAUAGGCUUUAGUUGUAAUUUAUAGCAACAUAGAUUAAACAGGAACGACGGCACAGAGAUCGUUCUUUUUCGUGUGCGCCGUCGUCUAAAAAAAUUGUGUUUCUUCAAACGACAAAAUUGUGUGGCUUUCUUAUGUCCCGAUAAAGAGAUAAGGAUGCGCAAGACAAGACGAAGACGGCGCGCGUGCGAAAAACGGGAGCGUCGCCUUUGGGGCGUGUAGUCUUGGCUUUAUCUGUCUACUCAGUACGGCACAAUUACAACAGUUUUCGUAUAAGUGGGGAACGAUACGGUAAAGUCGUAGCCGUAUCUUAUCCCUCCGAAAUGUAACAACGCGUUGUGAUUCAUUCGAUGAAUUAUUGGAAGACAAUGGGAAUUCGUUUCAAUGUUACGACUGGUCGUACCGUGUACGUGCUUUAACAGUACCGUAUGUUUCCCACUCAAACGAUAACCAUUCUUAUGGGAAGCCAUUUCAA